GAAGAACGCAGUACGUUCUCGUCCCUCGCGCAAGUCGGAUUGUGCCUAUCGCGAACCCUCAACUUGACGCCACGUGCAUCCUAGAUCAAAUUUAACCCGUCCGCGCUUUCAUUGUUUAUCUUGUCAACUUCAAAUUUCGGCAGUUCCAUCUUUAAAAAAAUAUCUCUGUGAAUAGAUUCAAAUCGUUUACAUCUAACUAUGGGUAUCCGAAUAAAAAACGUGUGUCAUUAAUGUGCUACGAAGGUUUUAAAGGAGGAUGAAGACAAAGCACCCUUUCAGUAAAGGGCGAUUGAAAAUCUGUAUCUACCUGAGAAGAUCGCCAUUCGAUAAUCGAUCGUCGCCUGGAACAAGGAUCGAUCUCGGAUUGAAGACAGUCACAGUUACAGUUAUAGUCACAGACACAGUCAAAGUGUAAUCUUCAUGCACAUCGCCGUAGUGGAAAUGGUCCCGUACAAGAAGAGCGAUUGUCCUUUGCGGCGCAAGAGAGCGCAACGACCGAAGAAGUCAGCAAAGUCAGAGUGAAAGACAAUAGAAUCUUGGUCAGGCAUGAGACGAUUAUGCAGAGUAGGAUUGGCGGCGGUUUUAGUCACGGCGUUGUGCGUCCUUACUUUAGUGGAUUUGCCGCCUCAAUUGCCGGAACCUCCCCUCGAUCCACCACCCACACCAGGAGAACCUCCAGAAACGAGGAGUAUCGUAGCGUACUCGUGGGCGAGAAGAUUGGCACUCGAUUACCGGAAUUCCAAGGAUUGCGACGGUAAUGGUAGCUCCCGAAUGACGUCUGACGGCCACAGUACGAAGUGGCUUGAAACAAUCCCAGGACAGCUCUUUCUAUACAGUGCCCACUUAGACAUUAGAGUAGCCGCGUAUCCGAGUGUCCGGGUGAUCGGCGUUAAACGAGGACUCCUUCAGACUUCUCCACUUUUCUGCACAAUUUGGUACGAAGAGGACGGAAGGAUGCUUUCCUUGACCGUUGAUGCAUUGAUCUCAGAUAUUUGGUUAGAGGAAUGGGGUGGUACUACCACGGAUGGUUACAUCGGGAUCCUGGCAACAUGUUCGUUUCCCAGUUCAAAGAGCAUAGAGCCAAUCAGUAUCUAUGUGGGUCCUAUUCCUUGCUACGAAGAUCCUAGUCAUAGUUUAGUAAUACCCUCGAUCGACAAGAUCAAUCCUACCAUUAGAAGACAAUUCACCCUCUGCAUCAAGGGCCUCGAUUUCGAAGACGACGUUUCCGAGAAGUUAAUCGCCUUCGUUGAGUUGCACAGAAUCUUGGGAGCUAGUUUCUUUCACUUUUAUGUUUUCGACGUGCAUGCAAACGUGUUAAAGGUCCUCAGCCUUUAUGAGAGGUCAAACGUGGUUAGAUGGCACAACCUGACUUUGCCUGGAGAUCUACCAAAUGAUAAAGAAGGCAGGAGAAUGCUCUUCGAGAAGGAUGUGUGGAUCAAAAGGCGAAUGGAGUUGAUUCCCUACAAUCAUUGUCUUUAUGAGAAUCUCCACAAGUCUGAGUUUGUGGUACCCAUCGACAUGGAUGAAACCAUUGUUCCUCUAAGAAGAAAGCAUUGGUCGCAGCUACUUCUCGAUGAAAGAAUUAAGUUGGGCAAAUCUUUUAAGGAUUAUGCUUCUUACGCUGUUAGAAAUGCGUAUUUUUUUCCAGAGAUUCAAAAGAAAAAUGGAUCGUUGAAGAAUGGAAUGCAGAAUGUCGAUUAUUUGGAUUCAAUUAGAACAUCCAUCAUUUCCCCUGAAGGAGAUUCAAUUAAGAGUUUCGUAUCGACGAAACGAACUUUGACGGUGCAUAAUCAUUAUGCUCUUAGUACGCUCAAUCCCGCAGUGAAAAGAACUCAUCACUUCAAUUCCAAAGACGUUUUGAAACAUCAUCACAGGGUCUGUGAUGAGCAGCACCUUGAUUGUGAUCUCCUAAUGGAAGAUGUGCGCGUGGACAAUUCGGCACUAAGAUAUGCGGAUGAACUCGGUGCCAGAAUGAAGAUUGCUCUUUCUAAUCUGGAAAAGAUAGAAUAAUUUUGUAAAUGAAUGUAUGUAGGUAAUUUUUAAAUAAGUAAAAUAGUUUCAAAUAUCAUACCAAUAC